AUGCUGGUUCAAGAUGGAAAAGUCAGAGCCAUCGGCUCACGCGACGAAGUCUUGCCGAAGGACAUGACCGGCCUUCAGAUUCGCGAUCUUCAUCAGCGCACAGUACUGCCGGGGUUUAUCGACGGACACAUGCACCUCCUUCUCCUAGGUCAAUCGCUCCGCAAACUCGACCUGGUACACUGCAAAACUAUCGACGACAUCCGAUCGACCAUCAAAGCCUACGCCGCAGCCAACCCAGAUGUGCCAACAAUUCUCUGCAAGAAUUGGAUGCAUACCAUGACCCCGGAUGGGGUCAGCGCCGCGUUACUCGACGACAUCGAUGCCCGCCCUAUUUUCAUCGACGCGAGUUCCCAGCACUCGUGUUGGUGCAACUCGGCAGCAUUAGACAAACUGGGAGCUGCUGAUAUGGCAGAUCCUCCUGGUGGAAGCAUCCAUCGCGAUGCCGAUGGCAAGCCGACGGGAGUCUUGGACGAAGGCGCGAUGAUGUCCGUCAUCUGGCCAUUUCAAGCUGCGUCAGCCCCUAAAGAAGAACGUAUCCAAGCCAUCAAAGCCGCAAUUUUGGAGUACAAUGCAGCAGGAUAUACCGGUGUCGUCGAAAUGGCCAUGGACGAAGAAGCAUGGGACUCUUUGGUGACUUUGAAGGACAACGAGCCAGAACUUUCGAUCCGAGUUUCUGCUUACUGGCUAAUCAAGCCAACAGCGGACUUCACCGCGAACUCCAAGCAGGUUCAACGUGCCAUUGAGCUGAGCAAACUCUACAACAGCAGCACGAGUCCGGAUCUCCGCAUAGUCGGUGUGAAGGUCAUCUGCGAUGGUAUCAUAGACGCCUGCACGGCGUUUCUUUCUCAACCAUAUGCACCUGCUGGUCUGCCUCCGCCAAUCUGGGAGCGGGAGCAUUUGGAAGCUGUGGUGAAAGAGGCAGAUGCCGGAGGCGUCCAAGUAGCCCUGCAUGCCAUCGGAGAUGCUGCGAUUCGCAUGGCAAUCGAUGCUGUCGAGAAGAACGGCACAAAAGGUCGGCGGCAUCGCAUUGAGCAUCUGGAGCUGGCGUCCCCGGAAGACGCCCAGCGUCUCGGAAGGCUGGGACUUACGGCUUCCAUCCACCCAGUGCACGCCGAUCCCUCAAUACUCACGGAAUGGCCGAGGCUGCUCGGUGAGGGCCGCUGCAAACGAGCUUUUGCCUAUCGAGAAUUUGCCGACGCAGGCGCCCUCAUGGCAAUCGGCAGUGACAGCCCUACAUCGCCGUGGGCGCCGAUGCAUAACCUCUAUGUUGCCUCGACCAGACAUUCGUCGCGGGACCCCUCUUACACCAAGACGGUCAACGAGCACUUCAAGUUGGGACUGUGGAGAGUUCGAACCUUGCCGUCUUGGGGAACUCCGAUAAUUCUCAAAAGCGUACCACGCAUGAUGAUAAGAAGUCGCAACAUCGUCAUCUCAAUCCUCUCCAAAAGACCCACCAUCGCGGCCUCAGCUCCAUCGUCUUGCGUCAGGAGCUUCAGCCAAAGCCCAGGCAUCAUGUCGCAGACCAGCAAUGGCGUCGGUGGCAAAAAGCCGGUCAACUUCGGCAUCGUCGUGUUCCCGGCCUUCCAGGCCCUCGAUGUCUUCGGUCCACUGGACGCGCUCAACCUCCUGUCGCGAAACUACGAGAUGAACCUGUCCGUCAUCGCCGAGACUCGGAAUCCCGUCUCGACGAAGCAGGUCCCCGGCGCUCAGCAGCAGCCCGGCGCCAUCCCCGCCGCGGCCCCCGCGGUGCCGCAGGCCAACUCCGAUUUCGGCCAGACCAUCUUACCCACGCACACCUUCCAGACGGCCCCGCCUCUCGACGUGCUCAUCGUUCCCGGAGGUCAGGGAACACGGUACGCCGGCAUCCGAACCAGCAUCGACUUUGUGAAGGAGCGGUUCCCCGAGCUGCAGUACCUCAUCACGGUGUGUACCGGCGCGGGCGUGGCGGCGCGCGCUGGGGUGUUGGACGGCAAGAGGGCCACGACGAAUAAGCUGUCGUGGGACCAGACGAUCGCGCUUCGUCCGGAAGUGAACUGGGUGCACAAGGCGCGCUGGGUCGAGGAUGGAAAUGUCUGGACUUCCUCCGGAAUCAGCGCUGGUAUUGAUGUGACUUUUGCAUGGAUCAGAGCCGUGUACGGGAAUGACGUUGGUAAGAAUGUCGCGGAUAGGAUGGAGUACACUCCGGUUGAGGACUCAAGUUGGGACCCUUUCGCAGACCUAUGGGGUAAGAAGAAGACGGCAUGA